AUGACCACCAAGUCUUCCACCAACACCACCACGACCACCACCGCCGCCGCCGCGAAUACUAUCGAAAUGGUCUCGCAGGCCCAAAUUCUGGACCGGUCCCUUCCCAUGCCGAGCGUGCCCUCAUCAGUUUCGCGCCAUUCCCACUCUAGUCGGCGACAUCGCUCAAGUCGCUCACAUCAUGGGGGCCUUGCCCAUCAGCCCCAGAAUGAUUUUCCCGUCUUCACGCACACGGGGGACGUGGAGAUCGUCAUCCGCGCAGGUGGUCAGGAGAAGCGGUACCUUCUCCACCGGCUCAUAUUGGCGCAAUGCUCUGGGUUCUUCGAAACGAGCACCCGCGAAGAGUGGUCAGGACAGGCUGUCCCGAGGCCCCCGAAUGUGGACCCGGGGGCACUGUCGAGAGUCAGCGAAGACAACUCGUCCCUAUCGAAUGGUUCAACUUUGGCCCAGUCCGACCCCGGAGCCAUGCCCUGGGCGCCCGAGAAAAAGAGGUGGAGAUACGAAUUGGACUGGGAGAGCAAGUCCGAGGACGAAGAGCCGAUCUUGGUCCAGAAGCCGCCGAGUUUUUCCAGUGCGUUUGGGAAUGAUGCGAGCCAGUAUCCCCCAUCGAUGACCAAGCCCUCUAGCUCCCAAGCAGGAUUUGUUCGCUCAAUGGCCAAUCUCGCAGGGAUGCAGACUGUCAUGAACCUGCCUCACUCGACGGGCGGGGCGAACGCGCCGAUGGAUCCCAUUGUCCGUGACUAUGAUAACCUCUUCCUCCUGUUCUAUAACUACCCACCGGCGUUGAACAGCGUGAACAUUGCAACUGCCUAUGCGGAGUGCCGGGCUCUGCUGGCGCUGGCUGACAUGUACGACGCUCUUGCGGUCACUGGGCCCCGAGUGGAUCACCACCUGUUAGGAUUUGGUUCGCGGCUGUUCAAGCAGAUUGCCAAGUAUCCUCCGAGCUACCUCAAGCUCGGAUUCCUUGCGCGGAGCCGCGUGAUCUAUUCAGAAGCUCUGAUUCACGUCGUCGGUCAAUGGCCAGCAGGACUAUCUCACUUGCGCAAUGGCUCCUACUCCCCCCUUCCUGACACCGUGUUGGACAUCAUCGAGGAUAAAGUGGAGGACCUCGAGUUUAUGAAGGCGCGCGUGGACUCCAAGCUCCUCCGGCUGACGCUCACCACCUCCCGCGGCGAACGGGUCAGUCCCGGAAAUGCAUAUCUCGAUUGGCUGGCAAUCUCCCUGUUUCGACAAUGGCUGGUGGACAGUACGACGCCACCCCCGGUUCCCAUUCUAAAGCAUCCCACCUCCUCCAACCCCCAUUCGAACGCCCCCAACCAUACCAGUCGUCCCUCGCAAACCACCACGGCCGUUCCGCCCAUGUCUUCCGCUCAGGUGUACCGCCUGAUCGGAUCGUCCUCCAGCCAAGCGUACCUGACCCAUGACGAGCUCAAGAAAUUCCUCAAAGUUCACCCAACCCCCUCCUCGGAGUCAUUGUACACGCGAGAGGUUUUGAAACGAUUCGAGCGCAAGAUGGAUGAAAUCAAACGGCUAGCUCGCGAGAUCGUCAAACCGCUGAUGAGGAACUUUCUCGAGCUCGACCUGAAGGGAGCGGAGAUGACCGAUGCUGGCCUUCCGUAUUUAACCUGCAUUAAAGUCGAAGAUGCAGAUGUUCCCUGGGACUGA